GGGACUACGGCGAGUUCGUCAUCAAGGAUCCAGACGAGGUGGCCCGGCUCUGGGGUGCCAGGAAGUGCAAACCGCAGAUGAACUAUGAUAAGCUCAGCAGGGCACUCAGAUAUUACUAUAACAAGAGGAUCCUUCAUAAGACCAAGGGCAAGAGGUUCACCUAUAAGUUCAACUUCAACAAACUGGUUUUGGUCAACUACCCCUUCAUCGACAUGGGCUCUAGUGGAAGCAGCGUUCCUCAGAGCGCCCCUCCCGUCMCGACUGGAGCGGGGACUCAUUUCCGCUUUCCUCCUUCCACCCCCUCCGAGGUUCUCUCCCCCAACGAGGACCUGCGCAGUCCAGGAGGCAUGUUCAGCUCGGUGGCUCGACGCAUGGCCCGCGGCUCGGUUAGUGACUGCAGCGAUGGAACCUCAGUCAAUUCAGAAAUCGAGGAGGGUAACCUAGGAGCAGCAGAGGAGAGGGGGGUGAGUGGSGGGGGGGGCGGGGGGCCUGGUGGUGGAGGAGGCUACAGGAGCAUCAUCCAUCCUCGUCUUUCCCAUGAAGCGCUUUUCCGCAUGUACGGCGCACCGGGCAACCCUGCUGGCCACCCAGGCUCCCGUGGUGCCCCGGGUCAUCGUAUGCCCCAAGAACCCCUGUCCCCCUUCCCCGUGUCUCCUCUGCCAGGACCCCCAGGAGCCAGCCUCUUAGCCCCUCCACUGUCUCCAGCGCUCUCCAUGACUCCAACCUCCCACCUUCCCUAUACUCCCUCACCCACGCUGUCUCCCAUGUUGGGCUCCCACUUCUCCUUCAACCCAGAGGACAUGAAGCGCUACCUGCAGGCCCACACCCAGUCCGUGUACAACUACGGCCUGAGCCCCAGAGCCUUCCUCCAGUACCCCAACAUCGUCAUCCCCCAGCCCCACCGGCCCGCCACGGACAAGUCCGGCCUGACCGCAGAGAGAGGCGCCACCGAGAGAGCAGAGAGAGCCGCCACGGCCGCAGGUGGGGAGAGGGGAGGGGACCGACGCCACCACCCUCCUCUGGCUCACUCUGCCCACCACCACCACCCGCAGCCUCCCCACUCCACCCACCCUCACCCCCACUCCCACCCCAUGUAUCACCCACUCCACCUGGGUGAGGAGCCCCCGCACGUGUCGCCUUUCAAGUUCAAGCUGCAGCCGCCUCCGCUGGGAAGGAAGCAGCGAGAAGGACAGAGCCAGAGUAAACCCAGGCAGGGCUCACUGUCCUCAGGCUCGGGGUCCAUGUCCUCCACCUCCGGUCUGGGCUCUUCCAUGUCGUUCGGCAGUGACCUGAGCUCAGCCAGCGGCUCGGGCGUCAUCUCUGCUUCGUCCUCGACGCAGUCCCUCAACAGUGCAGGACUUCCAAAGAUAAAGGUGGAGCCUAUCUCUGAUAUCGAGUCAGAAGAAGAAGUGGAAGUGACGGACAUCAGCGAUGAAGACCCAGACGAAAGAGAUCGUGAGUUUGAGCUCUUCUCCCUGCGCCGCUCCAGAAUUCCUAACCACCACUUAUCUAACGGCACAGCCGCCUCCCACCAUCCGCCCCACGACGAGGAUCUGGACGAGGACGUCUUCAAAGCUCCGGCACCGCCUCCUCCCGGUCUGAUGCCCUUUUUCGCCACGCACCACAUACACUCCAACGCACAUUGCGGCCCGCCCGUCCUAAAGAGUGAACCUGUGGAGCCGGUGGAGAGCAGCACCCCACCCUCUCUCACAGCGUCCUCAGAAUCGACGCAGACCAAGUGCAUCCCGCUCAAGUUGCGCUUCAAGAGGCGCUGGAGCGAAGACCAGCGCAUGGAAGCCUCGCAGGAGGAGUCUGAUGACAAAAAAGUCCGACCAGAGGAGGAGAGGGGUAGAGAGAGGCAAAGUAAUGGAUGCGUGGAGAUGGAGGAGGACGGGGCAGGCAGCGGAGAGGGGGACAGUCCUCCCCCACUGGCCUAUGAGGGCUCGUUAACGACACCUCAGGCGUCUCACCGGAGGGCGAGCGCCGAGCUGCACCGUGCCGCAGCGCAGCUGUCUCUAGAAAAUAAAGACUGCUGAUGAAGACCUCGGCUCAGACACUGCUGCAGCAGGACAGGAGGUGGGACAGGAGUAUGUAAAUGGUUCCUCUGUAAUCCCACUCCCACACUGACAAACUAGAUUCCUGAAAUCUCCAGUGGCCCAAAAGCAGAGUCCAACAUACACACUCAUAAAACUGACAGAAGACAGCCAGAUUCUUGUUGUCAGACCCACCAUUAAUCCUGGAUCAGGGCUYCUCUGGAUCACAUCCUUGGGGAAGAGAGACUCGCUCAGACUCAGUCGCACUGUCAGAAAAAUCAGCUCCCACCUGGACAGUGAAGCUCCAGAUGCCCUGCUCCAGUAGCAUAGCUCCUACCUUCAGACCCCCUUUAAAGGGGAGCGAGAUCAGCAGCCAGACAGACGAGUCUUUCCUCAGGAGAAACACUCCCUCACAGCCCUACAACUCAUCCAGCACCAUCACAUACAAAUCCAUGCAACUUUUCCUACAGGACGACGGGAAUUUAAGGGCCUGCAUCUGACCCCAAGAGGCCUGGAGUGACAUGGAGGAGUGAUGAAGGACGACUCAAGUGAAAAGAAAUCAGUGGGAURAAAAGAAGCCUGUCUGUAAGACGGAUGAGUGGGACUGUUGGGUGUUGUCAGACUCUUGAACCUGGCCCACUCCACUCAGGGAAACCUAUCGCUGUACUUUUAUUGGACCCAU